GAAACUCCAAUACAUUCAAAGAAUUAGCGCAGAAAAACAGCAUAUAUACAUACCCACUAAGCUUUUGCGUAACCGAGGAAUAAACGAUCAACCGUUCACAAGAGUUGCGAUUAGAAUUUAGUUGAGUUUUAAGAAACUUCAACAGAAAUCUCCAUGCGCUGCCCUGUUGAGUAUUUAGCCGAUAAGUAGUUUGCAGGGAAUUAAGUAAUCAUUAAUGGAUAAUGGAAAAAUAUCACUUUGCUAUCAAUAUGGACCAGUCAUUUUUGAUGUCAUCAAUUUAUAUGUACGACAGCGUUUGAAUUUUGGAACGUGAAUUUCAUUUUCAUCAAAGUUAGCAUCCACGCAGAGUUGAUUCCACAAUAUAAUGCAUUUUCUAUCCAAGACCACCACUAUUUACUUUUGACAUUUGUGCCCACUGUCAAAUAUCAACCUCAAUAGGAAUUUGGUUUGCUACAACAAAAACUUAUUAGUUAGAUUGGUUAAGUUCGCAAGGUAGUUUUUACACAACUAAAUAGCGCUAUACAAUGGCUCAUAAAUGUGAAACGUUAGAUUGUGGCAAAGAAGCUACCCUGCAAUGUCCAACGUGUUUGAAGUUGGGCAUACCAGGAUCCUAUUUUUGUUCGCAAGUUUGUUUUAAAGGAUUCUGGAAGGAGCAUAAAGUUAUCCAUGCUCUGGCCGAAGGCGCAGCAAAACCAAAGGUAGAUAACACUGAAGCUGGUUACAAUCCCUGGCCACAUUACCGUUUUACUGGUAAGUUACGCCCAUAUCCGCAGACAUCUAAACGCAACGUGCCCGAGAAUAUAGAGCGGCCCGACUAUGCAGAUCAUCCAUCUGGUCGGGCUGCAUCGGAAGAAGCCAUGCGAGGAAACACUUCAAUUAAAGUACUGGAUGACGAUGAAAUUGAAGCAAUGCGCGUAGCUAGUAGGCUUGGUCGCGAAUGUUUGGAUGAGGCAGGAAAAGCUGUAGAAGUCGGAGUAACCACGGACGAGUUAGAUCGACUCGUACAUGAGGCCGCAAUUGAACGCGAUUGUUAUCCAUCACCACUGAACUAUUACAAUUUUCCUAAGUCUUGUUGUACCUCAGUUAAUGAGGUAAUUUGUCAUGGAAUACCUGAUUUGCGUCCAUUACAAGAUGGUGAUAUUUGCAACAUUGAUGUUACCGUCUACCAUCACGGGUUUCAUGGUGAUCUUAACGAAACCUUCUUUGUUGGUAAUGUUUCCGAAAAACACAAGAAGUUAGUACGAGUCACGUAUGAAUCGUUAUGCAAAGCCAUCGAAUUGGUGAGGCCUGGCGUAAAAUAUAGGGAAAUCGGCAACGUAAUACAAAAACAUGUGGCGCCCCAUGGUUUCAGCGUUGUGAAGAGCUACUGUGGCCAUGGUAUCCAUCGGCUAUUCCAUACCGCUCCUAAUGUACCACACUAUGCCAAGAACUCUGCUGUUGGUGUUAUGAAAGCUGGGCAUUGCUUUACAAUUGAACCAAUGAUAUCAGAAGGCGUAUCGAAAAAUGAACAAUGGCCCGAUAACUGGACUGCCGUGACUGGAGAUGGGCUUUAUUCUGCACAAUUUGAACAAACUCUAUUGGUAACAGAUAAUGGUUGUGAAAUUUUAACGCGUCGUCGAGAACACAAUGGUCAACCAUGGUUCAUGGAUAAAAUAUAGAUGAUAAGAAACCAUCAAGCAUCAACAGUAAAUGCCAAUACAAAAUGCUGACGAAGACACUACCACGAAAGACACUCCUUCGAUAUUGAGUUCAAGUGUCAUGCACUACUUCUAUGCCUUUCUCGUUCGUUAAAAGUCUUUAAUUUUAAAAUAGCGUUUUUACAAAUUGAUAAGACAUAUAUAUUUAAUAAAUCGUUGCUAAAAGCUA